UAAUGAGUCAUUAUUAAAACCCUACUUACAAUCAUGCACAAAUGAAAUAAUAAGUCGGAGUUUCCAAUUUGAAAAUGUUAGAUGGGGAAGACUUGAGUAAAUCAUCCUAUUUCAUUCUCUAUUUUAGCUGCGGGAGAUAGAAGAAAAUUGUAGUAACUGUAAAUGAGAGAUUGGGUAUAAUAAUAAACUCAAGAGAACCAGGCCAAAAAAUAAUUAAAUAAGCAGAUCUAAUAAUAAUAUGAUUCAUAGACUUUACAAAUUAAUUAGGCCUUAAAAGAUUUAGAUCAAGAACAACAGAGAAGAAGAGUUGAAAUGGAAAUAGCAAAUCAGCAAAUUAAUAACUAAAUGGCCAAAGAAAAACAGGAUAGAGAAUAAUAUAUGGCAGCAUUAGCUUAAUAAGAAAAGAAAUAACAUCAGCAAGAAAUAAUGAAUAAUGAUGUCUGGACAGAGAAGUACAAUCCUCUUUUAUUAUACAUAAAGUACUGCAACCUGUUAAAGUGCUUUGGCUCCUCAUAGAGUCAUACCUUACCAUUACAAAGGAAUGUCAGAAGAAUAAAGAUAACAAAUCAGAAAUGAUUAAGCUAAAUAAAGAUAAGAAAAUGAACAAAAAAAGUAAUAGGAGAAGGAGGAUGAAAAGAUGUGGGCACAAUAUAAUGAAGUAUAUUAAUAAAUUAAUUUAUUUUUAGCAUAAUCGAAAAUAAUUAAUUAUAUAGGAAAGAGAAAAAGCUCGUAAAUUGUAAAAUUUGAGAAAUAAUUAAAAAGAGUUUAAUUUACUAUCCUAAACUGAAUAGAAAUUAAAAUUAAAAAAUGAAUAUGCAUGA